AUGACAUACCCGUUAAAAGAAGAACAUUUAACUAAUUGGGAUGCACUAAAGUCCAAACAAUCUUCUAUUGUAUCAUUACGUGAAAAUAACCUACUAUCUAUUCCAAAUAAUAAACAUUUAUUAACAUCACUCUCACCACGCACUAAUCUACCACAAAAGGAACCUCAUACUCUUCGAGAUCUUUAUAAUGAUUUACCAGAAAAAGUACCACCGGGUCAAGGAAAUCUUGUUCCAUUACCUGAAACAAAACCACAUGCAAUGCAUGAGAACUAUUAUCAUUAUUGGCAUUAUUAUAAGCUGAAAACUCCUGAUGGGAACAUGCAUCAUUGUCAAACUACUGAUGGUCAACCAAUACCUUACGAUGCAAUUGAUCCUUCACAAAAUGCUCACGAAUCUCUAUGA